GUUAAAAAUCCGAAGAAAUCUUAUCUUAGUGCGACACCUUUGGUGGCCUUGAAUAAUCCCCUACUACAACAAUGGCAGCCUUUAUUGCGAAGAUAACGCCUAUUACACCCCGAAUUAUUCGUAUCUUAGGGUGUAACCCAGGACCUAUGACUUUACAAGGUACCAAUACAUAUCUGAUUGGUACGGGUAAGAGACGUGUUUUGUUGGAUGCAGGCGAGAAAGAAAAUGCAUCCUACAUUUCAUCACUAAUGUCGGUGUUGAAACAACAAGAAACAACUAUUGACAAAAUCAUUAUCACCCAUUGGCAUCAUGACCAUAUAGGAGGCUUAGAAGAUGUUCUUGGUUGCUUAAAAGGUUGUGUUACUGUAUACAAAUUUCCUAGAGUUGAUGCUCCAGACGACCCUCUGCCUGAGUCGGUCAGCAUCAAACAUCUCAAGCACAAUGAUGAGAUAAAAACUGAAGGUGCAACUCUUGUAGUUCAUCAUACUCCAGGUCAUACCACAGACCAUGUUGUAUUGGAGCUGACUGAAGAGGGGUCAGUGUUCAGUGGUGACUGCAUACUAGGUGAAGGAACAGCAGUUUUUGAAGAUCUUCAGACAUAUAUGGUUUCACUGAAGUUAAUCUUGGAACUGCAACCAAAGGUGAUCUAUCCUGGUCAUGGGCCAAUGAUAGAUGAUCCUGUGGUCAAAAUUCAGCAUUAUAUUGCCCAUCGCAUUCAAAGGGAGAACCAAAUCCUGAAAGUUCUUAAUGACAGUCUGGUGAAAUAUAUGUUACCCAUGGAAAUAGUCAAGCUUAUUUACAAGGAUACUCCUGAGCACCUACACCUAGCAGCAGAAAAUAAUGUGAACCAUCAUUUGCAGAAACUUUUCAAGGAUGGUGUGAUUUACAAUCAAGGAAACAAGUGGUGCCUAACUAGCAGGAGAAAUCAUUUGUAAUAAAAACAUUUAAAUAUUAGUCAAUUUAGAAAUUGUUCAGUGUGCUUAUUAUAUUCUAUCUUUCAACAACAAAGUAAACCCUUAAUAUAAUGGACUCUUAUGCAUACAGUACUAUAUUUGUUUUACAGUAGAAUAUUUCAAUGCUUUUUUUUUUUCAUCCAAACCCAAGUGGGUUUGGAUGAAAAAAACAUGCUGGGCAUAGUUCUGUAUUCCAAAUCUUGAGAUCUUGCAUUAACAAAAUCUUCAUGUCAUCAGAGUCCCAAGGUUUCUGGCUGUAGACUAUCUUGAUUAUACCCUACAUAAUCACAUGAGGUUAUGUCAGACCCUAGAGAUAAGUAUUGGCACCUAGACAAAGCUAGACAUCACCAUGCUUAUAAGUUGUAUCUGGGUUCAGACCUGUGCACUUUGAUGGAAAGUGCACAGGUUCGAAUACUGCUGUGGACCGAGAGAGAAUGUUUGUAAAUAAUUUUGUGAAUUGUUUGUUAAGCAUUCCAAAGUCUCUUUUGAAGUUCACUGCAUGUGGCAGGAUUUGAUGAAAUAACUUAUCACAAGCCUGAUGCUAUGGGGUGUGUUUUCCACCAUCUAGCUUCAGCUAGGCACCUGUACUUAUAACUGGGGUCUGGCUGUGUGGAUCAAGUAUUGUGUAUUUUGAUGCAGUGUGUGUAGGUUCAGAUUCUGCUAUGACCUAGAGAUGUAUGUAUGUAUGUGUGCCUGCCUCAGUGGGAGACUGCCAGAGAUUUUUUUUUUUUUUAACAAGUCGGCCGUCUCCCACAGAGGCAGGGUGACCCAAAAAGAAAGAAAAUCCCCAAAAAGAAAAUACUUUCAUCAUUCAACUUUCACCUCACUCACACAUAGUCACUGUUUUUGCAGAGGUGCUCAGAAAUACAAUAGUUUAGAAGCAUAUACGUAUACAUAUGCAUGUACAUAUAUCCCUCCAAACUGCCAAUAUCCCAAACCCCUCCUUUAAAGUGCAGGCAUUGUACUUCCCAUUUCCAGAACUCAAGUCCGGCUAUAUAAAAAUAACCGGUUUCCCUGAAUCCCUUCACUAAACAUUACCCUGCUCAUGCCCUAACAGCUUGUCAGGUCCCAAAAACCAUUCGUCUCCAUUCACUCCUAUCUAACACGCUCACGCACGCUUGCUGGAAGUCCGAGCCCCUUGCUCACAAAACUUCCUUUACCCCCUCCCUCCAACACUUUCAAGGAUGACCCCUACCCCACCUUCCUUCCCCUAGAGAUUUAUAUGCUCUCCAAGUCAUUCUUCUUUGAUCCAUUCUCUCUAUGUGACCAAACCACCUCAAUAAUCCCUCUUCAGCCCUCUUGACCAAUACCUUUAGUAACUCCACACCAAUUAAUUUCCACACUAUGAAUGCAUAUUUACACCACACACUGCCCUGUAGGAUUAUACAGAACCUGUGGGGAGGAUGUGGAAGGUAUUCCAACUUAAUUCAGGGAACUGGAGCACAGAUCCAAUUCCCUAUUAUUAUUAUUAUAAUCAAAAAGAAGCACUAAGCCACAAGGGCUAUACAGUGCUGCAGGGUAGGGAAGGAAGCGAGGGUAUCAGGCGGCAGAAGGGGGGAGGGAUGAAUAGUAGGCUACAGAAAACAGCGGGGCAGGGGAUAGUGCGGGGGUAGAGGGUAGCAAGAGAUGAAGGUAGAAAGGGCUGAAGGUAUCAUCAUAGUUUGUGGAGUAAGUCAGUUAUUGUCAAAAAGUGAAUGAGAGAGUCGGGAUGAAAGGUGGGUCCAUCAGCGAGAAGGGAAGGUAAAGAGAGAGCAGCGGAGCAAAGACGACGACGGAGGUAAAUUCUGCGUGCUCGUUGAUAAAGUGGGCAGUCUAACAGAAUGUGGCUGACCAAUAAAGGAACCUGACAAUUCUCACAGAGAGGAGCAGGGCGUCUCUCCAUGAGAUAUCCAUGAGCAAGACGAGUAUGGCCAAUGCGAAGGCGGGAGAGAGAGUCGUCUCCCAACCCCGACACUGGUGACAAGACGGCGGCCAGUAACCUAUACUCGGUUUAAUAGAACAAAGUUUGUUAUUGAGCAGAGCAGACCAAUGUUGUUGCCAAUGGGUGUGAAGGUGGGUAGCUAUUACAGCAAAAUAGUCCGGAAAUGGAACACCUCUAUAUGAAACUGGUAGGUCAUGUACUGCUGACCGCGCAGCAGUGUCUGCCUGUUCAUUGCCCUGUACGUCAACAUGACCAGGGACCCAACAAAAAACGAUAUCUUUAUGCUUGGUCGAGAUACGGCGUAGCCAAAGUUGGAUACGGAGAACUACGGGGUAAGGUGUAUCAAAUUUCUGUAUAGCCUGUAGAGCACUAAGGGAGUCUGAGACAACCACAAAUGAUGACACAGGCAUAGAUGCGAUACGAAUAAGUGCUGCAAGAAUGGCAUACACUUCAGCUGUAAAAAUGCUAGCCGAAGAUAGUAAAUGCCCUCACACGACGCUGUCCGGAAACACUGCUGUGAAUCCGACGCCGUCAGAAGAUUUAGAGCCAUCUGUGUACACGGCAAUGGCAUGAGAAUGAGAGUGGAAGUGGUCAAGAAAAAGAGCGGGAAGCCACCGUAGGCAGUUGGGCUUUCGAGCAAGGGAGUGAGAAAGAACAGACCUGAACAGCUGGAACUUCCCAGGGGGUAGGGAAAAGUGAGAUGUUACAUGAACAUAUAAAGGCGGUAACUGAAGGGAAGAUGAGCGAAUGUAGGCGAAGAGAGAAGGGACGGAGCAAACGGGCGGCGAACAAAUAAAGAAUGUCUACUAAUAUCAGUGACCAUUCUAUAAAUGGAAGGAUUGCGGAGAUCGUGAGAGCGCACAUAGUAGCGAAGGCAAUGGGCAUCAUGGCGAUCAGACAAGGAUGGAACAUUCGCUUCUGCAUAGAGGCACUCAACAGGGGAAGAGCGAAAAGCACCAAGGCAUAAAUGUAAUCCUUGGUGAUGGAUGGGGUUAAGGCUAGAGAGAGUAGCAGGAGAGGCCGCUGAAUAGAUCUGGUCACCAUAAUCGAGUUUCGAUAAAAUGAGGGCUGAAUGUAGGCGAAGGAGAGUUCGACGAUCAGCUCCCAAUGAAAGAUGAGCAAGGGUUUUAAGAAGGUUCAGCCGGCUGUGACAAGUUGCCUUUAGAGAGGUAAUGUGGGGUUUCCAGGAUAACCUACGGUCAAAGAGAAGGCCUAGAAACCUGACUGCAUCACGUUCAGGGAUACGAGAGGCAUAGAGGUACAAAGGAUGAUUGGAGAUGACAGAGCGUCUAGUGAAAGAAAUUUGGUGAGUUUUGGUACUGGAAAACUUAAACCCAUGCAUGGUGGCCCAAUUGGAAACAUCAUCGACCGCAUGCUGGAGAGAAACUGUAAUGAGGUGACAGUCAGCACCUGCACAAGCAAUAGCAAAGUCAUCUACAUAGAGUGAUGACCAAAUAUUGGAUGGAAGAACAGAGGCCAAAUCAUUUAUAGCAAGGAGAAAAAGUGUUGUGCUCGGAACACAUCCCUGAGGGACACCUUCAGCUUAGACAAAGUCCGGGGAGAGCACAUUAUUGACUCAAACACGAAAAUGUCUGUCAGUUAAAAAGUUCUUAAGGAAAGAUGGUAGAUUGCCUCGGAGGCCUAAGGAGUGGGCUUGGGCCAAAAUAUUAUACCUCCAAGUUGUGUCAUAUGCCUUCUCAAGGUCAAAAAAUAUGGCAAUAACCGAGUGGUUAUUCGCAAAGGCAUUACGAACAUAUAUAUCCAAACGUAGUAAGGGGUCUAUGGUAGAACGGCCCUUACGAAAGCCAUAUUGACAAGUGGAGAGACUGUGUCUCUCUAAAUACCACAUUAAACGUCUAUUUACCAGACGUUCUAUCACUUUGCAAACUGCACUGGUAAGAGCGAUGGGACGAUAGUGGGAGGCUUCAUGUCCCGUAGUACCUGGUUUGCGGAAAGGGAGAACAAUGGCAGAUUUCCACAGCUGUGGAAGAACUCCUUAUGACCAAAUAAGAUUGAAAAGGCAUAAGAGGACUGCAAGGGCUGACUGAUGUAAAUGUUUUAACAUACGAAUAUGAAUGUCGUCGGGCCCAGCUGUCGAUGAUCGGCAAGCUGAGAGUGUUGCCUCCAGUUCCUGAAGUGUAAAAGGCGCAUUAUACUGUUCUUCUCUGAGAGAAGAAAAGUCCAAGGGUGCUAACUCUCUGGCAGACUUUGAGGAAAGAAACGAGGGGCAGAGAUGAAGCCCCAGAGAAAUACGGACCAGAUGAUUGCCAAUUUCAAUGGCAACAUCUAGAGGGUUUGCUAUAUCAACACCAGCAACCCGCAGAACAGGAGCCUGGUCAGGAGAAUAUUUACCACUCAGUUUCCAUACUUUUUUCCAGACUGCACUCAUAAAGGAAGCAAAGGUGAUGGUGGAGAUAUAAUCUCGCCAGCAAGUGUGUUCAGUGUCACGGAUGACAUGGCGAGUGAUCGCACGCUUCUGCUUAAAAUCAAGAAGUCUCUCAGUGGUUCUAUUAUACCGGUACCUGCCCCAUCAGCGCGUUUCAAACGUACUGCACGAGCACAAGCAGGAGACCACCAAGGCACACAUUUCUGAGAAUGCCUGCCCGAGGUUUGGGGUAUAGAAUGAGAAGCUGCGGUUAAAACUGAGGGCGAGAAGAGGUGUAAAAGCUCAUCAAUGGAGGACGAAGAAGGAACCUCACUAAAAACAGUUAGUUGUGAGUAAAGGUCCCAAUUUGCCCGAUCAAAUUGCCAGCGUGGGUUACGAAGAGGUGGUGAAUAUGAAGGGGAAGUAAGAAUGAUUGGAAAAUGAUCGCUGUCAUGUAAAUCCGGGAGAACAGACCAGGUGAAGUCUAGUGCAGUGAAGAGCAGACUGAGAGAUCGAUGCAAGAGAGAGUAUGAGUAUGAGGAUCAAAAUGGGUGUGAGUACCUGUAUUUAAAACAUGGAGGGGUUGGGAAGCAAGGAAAGCCUCUAGCUGAAUGCCACAGGAAUCACAGUGAGACCCCCCCCCCAGAGAAAAUGAUGGGCAUUAAAAUCGCCAAGUAACAGAAGUGGUGGCGGUAAUGAUGAAACAAGAAAUGCAAUAUCCUGAAUAGAUAAUGCUCGAGGAGAGAGGUACAAAGAACAGUGUGUAUACCACCUAUGCAGGUGGAUAUGGGCUGCUGUGUAAUGCAGCGAUGGUACGGAAUAUCAGUGCGUAGAAGAAGGGCACUUUUGUUAAAGGUCCCAUUAGGAAAAGGAUCCGAAGAACACAAUAAAUUAUAGCCUGAGAUGGGAUAGAUAACAGCAGAGUGUAAUUUUGGUUCUUGUAAGCAAACACCAACAGGGGAAAAUUGGGAGAGCAACGUCUGAAGCUCACCCCGAUUACCCGAGGCCGCGUAUAUUCCACUGUAAAUAGGCCGAUUGGCAACGAUAAAGAUACUAGAAAUCCGCAGGUAAGGGUACUUACGGACUAGAGGGGUUAGAAAAGUCCACAUGCGGUGGCAGCGGAAAACGUUCAAGCAGCGAAGGAACGGUGCACUGUGAAGAAAGGAGCUGCGCAGAUGGAGAAGAGGAAAGAGAAGGAACAGAGGGUGGAGCAGUGUCCAUUGAUGGUUUGGUCUCUACAAUAUACGUGUAUUCAGAGAUUACUUCAAGUGUUUCGGAGUUCAGAGACGUCAUAUGGGAGACAACAUUGGAGAUGGAAGGAGGAGUAGUUUGAGUAAAGAUCGGAACUGUAAUGGACUGUACCAAGGUAGGGGGGAGGGGGCAGAAUAGGCAGAAACUUGGGAGGGGACAGGGGAGGAAGGCACAGUACGAGGAGGAGGAUGAACCUCCGCACUUGUAACAGAGCCAGUGAAAGGGGAAGACCCAGGUAAAGUGUGGAGGUGGAUGAAGGGAAGGAGGGGUUAAAGAAGAUUUUUUGGACUUCUGAGAGGUAGAGGGACGAUUGGGAGGAGGUGUCAUACGAGGUCUUGUCGAUACCGGGGUUUGUGAAGGAGAACACGAAGUGAGAACAGACCGAGGUGUUGAAGUAGGGACGUCCGAGCCUAGGACAGCAAAAGAAUUAGAUACAGGAGUGACUAUAGGACCGGCAACCACAGAGGAGGCUGCAGGAGAUGGGACCCCAGAAGUGGGGGGACGUUUUGAAACACGGGGUAGUCUCCUUUGGAGGCGGAGAUGAGAAACCGCCAUAGCAUAAGGGAGACCUUCUGCCUCUCUGAGGCAACGAAUUUCCCACUCAUUCAAGUAGACCUGGCAACGGCCAGAGUACGAAGGGUGAGCCUCAUAACAAGGCAGGAGGGAGGUCGACUGCAAGACGUAUUAGAAUGGUCAUCGGUGCCACAGACUGGGCAUUCGGCUAUAGAUCUGCAAUAUUUUGCUGGGUGGCCAAUCGCCAGCAAUUUCUACACUUUUGCGGUGUAGGGAUCACCUUUCGAACUUGUAACCGAUGUCCUGCUUCAUAAACAGAGGAUGGGAGUUCACGGCUGUCAAAAGUUAAACGAGCCACAUUGCUAGGGUAUCAUCUCCGCCCGCGGGCAGAAAGAACAUAAGUGUCUACCUUGAGAAUUGGGAGAUCCAGCUGUUCGAGAAUGUCAUCGCCACAUGUCUGGAAAUUCUGUUGGACUAUGGUAUGGGGCAGAAUAACAGUACCACUACAAGAAUUGAGGGAAUGAUGUUUUUCGAUAGUGAUAGGAAUAGUAUCGAUAUGUGAAAGAGAAAGAUCAUGAGCUUGGGUAGUAUUCUGGACUGUGAUGAUGCGCGUACCACUCUUAAGAGCAUGAAAAGAAAUAUCUCUACCAACAUGGCGUAGGAGCGCUUUGCCAAUACUAUGGUCGGAAAGAUAGGCAGUAGAAGAAGUCGGUAUUAAAGAAUUUAGUCCAUUGUGUGGUCCGAAACCGAGUGUGGAGAGGGAGUGCAUGACGUGUCGGUCUUUUCUGAGUAGAAUGGGAAGGCAACGAAGUAACAUCAUCAGGAGAUUGUCGUUGGCGUUUAGAAGUGGGACCAGAGUUGGUCCAACGUGGGAUGGGCUGGCGAUUCGAAAAUUGCCGCACUGUAGAGGGAGAGGCCAGAAGCAUAGUCAAAGGAGAGCGGAGGUCAGACAAAUCGAAGGAGUCAGUCGAAACCCCGGCACCUGAAGCAGGUGACGAAACAGCACCAAUAAGAGGUACAGGGGCCUUAGGAGUGUCUGAAGAGUGGCCAAAAGACAAGGCGAGGUCAGAACGGGGUGCGGUAACAAUAAGGGGCCCGGGGGUAGUGGGGUCAUGGAUUGGGGACUCCAUGGUUAGGUUACUUCUUUUUUUUGUUUUUAAGAAAAAAAAAGAAAAUAAAAAUAAUAAAAAAAAAGAAUAAAAAAAAGGGGGGAGAGGGGAGGGAUAGUUCCCAGGAGGAAUGAAAGGGCCAUAAAUCUCCCUCCGCGCCCAAGAGGACCUCAGCACCGCAAGUAGCGCAGAUGCAGCAUGGAACCCGUGCCACACCCUACCCUUCAUGCCAGUAAACCAUCAGUCCAGGAUAGCAACCUCACAUCUGCCGAGCUACCUCGGUGGACGAAAGAGAGGGCGGCCGGAUAUCCGCCACAAAGCAUACCUCCUUCGGCCACCACCCCCGGAAUCCGAAAGGUGGCUUCCAGAGAUACACCCGUCGCCCGAAAGACACCCAAAGCCACCCUCCGGGAUACAGGAGAGGGAUCGGGACAUCCCCAGGCGAUCCAAAUUCCACAGCAAACUACGCCACCGCCAAGAACCUCAACGGAACGGGAUGUACGCCAGUACCCUUUCCCCUACCUAGGAACUAGCGUGCCUGUGGGAAAAAUAACAAAGGCCAAAAAGAGGAAGGGCAAAAGGGAGGGGCAGGGAGGAUGGGAUAGGGAAGGGGGGUAAUUAGGUUCAGUCUGAGGAAGGAGACCUACAGGUCUAAUUCCUCAGACCAAGAGCCUCUUCACUAUGCCAUGGAGCCCCCCUUGAAGAGGUGUGCCACUUACUAGCCCAUUACAUGUUCUUGUCAUCCAAACCUGUAAAUUUGACCAUAUCAA